UGCACGCUCCGCGCCGGGGCUUUGUGCGAGCUGCGCGCAGCAGCGGUAGGAGGGGACAGAGCCGCUCCGCACCGCACCGCCAGCCCCGGCUCCGCAGGUGCCUCCCGACCGCCACCGGCACCGGCCCCGGCCCCGGCGGGACGGGAGCCCUACGAUGAGCCCCGGGCCGGAGCCCCCUGCCCCGCUGCCCCUGGGGCCGUAGGGCCGAGCCCCCCCCCCCCCCCCCUCCGCCCCAGUGCCCCCCCCGACGAUGCCCCGGCUCUGGGCGGCUCUGGGCGGCGUGCUCUGGGAGUACUGCGCUGCGCUCCUGCUCGGCGGCUUCUGGGGCCAGGGCUCGCAGGGGAUGCCGCAUGUCAUCCGGAUCGGAGGAAUCUUCGAGUACACAGAUGGCCCCAACACCCAGGUUAUGAGUGCGGAGGAGCAAGCCUUCCGAUUUUCCGCCAAUAUCAUCAACAGGAACAGAACCUUGCUGCCUAACACGACGCUGACCUACGACAUUCAGCGGAUACACUUCCACGACAGCUUUGAGGCAACCAAGAAAGCCUGCGACCAGCUCGCCCUCGGGGUCGUAGCGAUAUUCGGCCCGUCCCAAGGCUCCUGCACCAACGCCGUCCAGUCCAUCUGCAAUGCCCUGGAGGUCCCCCACAUCCAGCUGCGGUGGAAGCACCACCCGCUGGACAACAAGGACACGUUCUACGUCAACCUGUACCCCGACUACUCCUCGCUCAGCCACGCCAUCCUGGACCUGGUGCAGUACCUGAAGUGGAGGUCAGCCACCGUGGUGUACGACGACAGCACAGGCCUGAUUCGGCUGCAGGAGCUGAUCAUGGCCCCGUCGAGGUACAACAUCCGCCUGAAAAUCCGCCAGCUGCCGCUGGACACGGACGACGCGCGGCCGCUGCUGAAGGAGAUGAAGCGGGGCCGGGAGUUCCGCAUCAUCUUCGACUGCAGCCACCUGAUGGCAGCUCAGAUCCUCAAGCAGGCCAUGGCGAUGGGAAUGAUGACAGAGUACUACCACUUCAUCUUCACCACUCUGGAUCUUUAUGCAUUAGACCUAGAACCAUACCGCUACUCUGGGGUGAACCUGACCGGCUUCCGGAUCCUCAAUGUGGAGAACCCGCACGUGGCGUCCAUCAUCGAGAAGUGGUCCAUGGAGCGGCUGCAGUCGGCGCCCAAGGCAGAGCUGGGGCUGCUCGACGGCGUGAUGAUGACAGACGCUGCCCUGUUGUACGACGCGGUCCACGUGGUGUCCGUGUGCUACCAGCGAGCCCCCCAGAUGACCGUCAACUCCCUGCAGUGCCACCGGCACAAAGCCUGGAGGUUCGGCGGCCGCUUCAUGAAUUUUAUAAAAGAGGCCCAAUGGGAAGGAUUAACUGGACGAAUUGUCUUUAACAAAAGUAGUGGCUUACGGACAGAUUUUGACUUGGACAUCAUCAGCCUCAAAGAAGACGGUCUCGAAAAGGUUGGCACGUGGAACCCUGCCAACGGUCUGAACAUCACAGAAAUUGCCAAGGGACGAGGGCCCAACGUCACGGACUCGCUCAGCAACAGAUCUCUCAUUGUCACCACUGUCCUGGAGGAGCCCUUCGUCAUGUUCCGCAAGUCCGACACCGCCCUCUUUGGGAACGACCGCUUUGAGGGCUACUGCAUCGACCUGCUGAAGGAGCUGGCCAUCAUCCUGGGCUUCACCUACGAGAUCCGGCUGGUGGAGGACGGGAAAUACGGCGCGCAGGACGACAAGGGGCAGUGGAACGGCAUGAUCAAGGAGCUCAUCGAUCAUAAAGCUGACCUGGCCGUCGCUCCUCUCACCAUCACCCACGUCCGGGAGAAAGCGAUCGACUUCUCCAAGCCCUUCAUGACCCUGGGGGUCAGCAUUUUGUACCGCAAGCCCAACGGGACCAACCCCAGCGUGUUCUCCUUCCUCAACCCCUUGUCUCCCGACAUCUGGAUGUACAUCCUCCUCGCCUACCUGGGGGUCAGCUGCGUGCUCUUUGUCAUAGCCAGGUUCAGCCCGUAUGAGUGGUACGACGCUCAUCCCUGCAACCCCGGGUCGGACAUCGUGGAGAAUAACUUCACCCUGCUCAACAGCUUCUGGUUCGGGAUGGGCGCACUGAUGCAGCAAGGCUCGGAGCUGAUGCCCAAAGCUCUGUCUACACGGAUUAUUGGUGGCAUAUGGUGGUUCUUCACCCUAAUUAUCAUCUCGUCCUACACGGCCAACCUUGCCGCCUUCCUGACGGUGGAGAGGAUGGAAUCCCCCAUCGACUCGGCAGACGACUUGGCAAAGCAGACCAAAAUAGAGUACGGAGCAGUGAAGGAUGGAGCUACCAUGACCUUCUUCAAGAAAUCCAAAAUUUCCACGUUUGAAAAAAUGUGGGCCUUCAUGAGCAGCAAACCCACGGCACUGGUGAAAAGCAACGAGGAGGGCAUCCAGCGAACGCUCACGGCCGACUACGCCCUGCUGAUGGAGUCGACCACCAUCGAGUACAUCACCCAGAGGAACUGCAACCUGACUCAGAUCGGGGGGCUCAUCGACUCCAAAGGCUACGGCAUUGGGACUCCCAUGGGCUCCCCGUACCGGGACAAGAUCACCAUCGCCAUCCUCCAGCUGCAGGAGGAGGACAAGCUGCACGUGAUGAAGGAGAAGUGGUGGCGGGGCAACGGCUGCCCUGAGGAUGAGAACAAGGAGGCCAGCGCUCUGGGCAUCCAGAACAUCGGUGGGAUUUUCAUCGUUUUGGCAGCAGGCCUGGUGCUCUCAGUCUUCGUGGCCAUGGUGGAGUUCAUCUACAAGCUGCGCAAGACAGCAGAGCGCGAGCAGCGCUCCUUCUGCAGUGCCAUGGCUGAUGAGAUCCGGCUGUCGCUCACCUGCCAGCGGCGGGUCAAGCACAAGCCCCAGCCCCCCGUCAUGGUGAAGACGGACGCCGUGAUCAACAUGCACACCUUCAACGACCGCCGGCUGCCAGGGAAGGACAACAUGACCUGCAACACCGGAUUGACGCCCGUGUUUCCCUAGGGAAUGGGACCUGGGGGGCGGGAGGGAAGGAAUCGCGUCAGUCAAAGCUGGAUGCACUCUUAACUAGGGAAGAAAGGAUUAAAAAAAAAAAAAAAAGAAAAAAAAAGAGAAAAAAAAAGCUUGGUUUGGUUCAUUUCAAGAUCAAGGCCUUUAAAACACAGCUGCAUCAAUCACCGGCACAGAAGCACCAACUGCAAAGCACGGACUGUAACAUGGGUCUUGGGGCUUUUCUGUUUCAUUUUUGUUAUUUUCCGUUCUUUAUUUUUUUACAGCUUAGAUCCUCCAGGCCUCAUGGAGUCCAAACACACUACCAUCCAGGAGUCUGAUGUUUACAUACCGAACACACGGAGGCAAAAACGAAUUGAGCCAAACUGACCCUCGGUGGGUAACGAGGAGCCCCUGAGCAAGGCUUCUUUAGCAUGGCAAUAAAAAGAAACACUUUGCCCCUCCGGGUGUGGAGUGAGCAACGGUCCGAGUGAGCACCCAUCCCAAAGUGACGGACACGACACAUUUAGGGCACGCUGGCCAGGAACGGGAAAAGCACCUGCGAAGCUCUGCGAUGCUCCAGGCUGCGCCCUACAUCGACACAGCUCGUGGUGGCCCUUUGCCCCCCGGCCGUGCUGGCUGGAGUCACCACAGCACGAAGUCCAUGCUGGGGCCUGGAGGGAGAAGGUAAAAGAAAUGCUCAUCAGGAGACCCGAGAUGGUCAACCCUGAAGGGGAGAGCAAGCUCGAGUGACCGGAGUCCCGGCCAGGAACGGGACCAUGUGCAUGGGGACUGUGCCACCUCUGAGUGCAAGCACCCCAACGCCAGCCCACAGUGACACUGCGGCUCUGUCGCGAUCACACUCAGACCAGGAGAGGACAGUACGCGUGGUUUAGGACUAAAUGCUCCACGUGGCACCAGAGACCUGCGAGGCGAAGCCUCAGCCUGCAGGGCCAGGGCUGGCCCAGGACAAACAGCACUGUGUGCGCCAAACCUGACACCCCCUCGCCCUGCCUGGUGACCCGCAGCCUCGCUGGCAGCAUCUCCAUGCCAUUCACACAAACAUGCUGACAUCUUUUGCAGAAAUCUUCCAAAUCUUCAUCUUCCCCAGGACUGUGUUCUUAUUUUCAGGUUGCUCAACCCAGGAGGCUGGUCCUGCGGAUGAUCUCGUCAGAAUUACCAAAGACCCCUCUGCUGACCCAACGGCUCGAGUGCCACUGCGCCGCUCCGUCCCUCUGUGGAUAAAUUUCUCCCCAGCCAUCUGCAAAAUGAAACCAACAGAAACAGCCCUGCCCAUGGAAACCCAGAACGUCCCAAGGAGUACUGCAAGGUGCUUAAAAGCUCUGCUUCAAACACGGGCAUUGAUGAGAGGAGCAACCUCCUUCCCUAGCAGACAUGACAGCGCCCUACUGCUGGACACCCCCACGCCCCGAGCCACAAGGCUUUCCGCAGGGUUUGUCUAGGGCCCCAAGGGACAAACCUGCCUGCAGCCCAGUUCAGGGGAUUUUCCCACCUGUUUCCUUCUCAGUCUCAGUUAUUUGAAGGCUAUCUUUGGAGCUGAUUGGAAUUAGCAAAUGAGCUGAAGGGGAGAUCUCUGUUUUUUCCCCCCCAUCACAGACCACAAUUUGUCCUUAUGUCAUUUUUCAUGAUGUAAAGAACCAGCACAGUGACCCGAAACAAAAAAAGCUGGAUUUGUUGUCAUAUUGUGACUCAUGUAAAGAUAUGCAAAGGAUUUACAUUUAUUUUCACCUUUUCAUAGAAACCAUGAAAAAUCAGAGUUGAAAGCUGCCAACUCAACGCGCAUCAUCAUCUUCACAGUUUGCUGACCAAACACCUACAGCAGAGGACGGAUUGGGGAAUGUGGCAAUUUCCCAAAGCUAUUGACGUAUUUUCCAUACUUCUUUACCAAUCCUUACGCCUGUCAGAGCAGCAGAGGUUAUGAUGUCUUUGCAGAUUUCUAAGCUCUUAGAAAGGGAUUUUUACAAUCACGCCAGAGAUAAAAACAAAGCCUGAAAUUGGCUUUAAAUGUCCUGAGAGUAAAACACCACUGAAAACCAUUUUGCUUCUCGGCAGAUUCUUUUUACAUAAGUAAAUAUCACUAACGCCAUAAACACCCUUUGUUCAUCUCUGAUGCCAGUUCGAUCUCAUUUUACUCACCAACAUCCCAGAGCGCCAGGUGAGCGGCCGGAACCACUAGUGCUAUCCGCCAGCAAGACGAAGCCUUGCAGGUUAACCUGCUCUCUCUCCUCUCCUCUGACCCUAAAUCAGCACUUCAUGCGUCUCCGUUACGGUUUGCUAUUUGAGAUCUUGGUCACUGAAGGCUUUGACUCACGGCAUCGUCGGCACCGCCAGGCAGGGGGCAGCUGGGCAACACUCGCCGGGAGGGUUCCUGACCUCAUCCUCCUGCAGUGCCCCCGAGGAUGUGCAAUCACUGUGCUGCUGAACCCAGCCCAGGGGCUUCACCCAGAGCAAGCAGUGCAGCAGCUUUCCAUGGAGAGCAGCGAUGAGCCUGACAACGAGCAGUGGCAGCUGGGCAGCCUUGGAAGGGGCAGAUGUGAUGCCGAAGCCCCGAAGCCUUUCGCAAGCUGCUCUGUGCCCCGUUUGUGGCCGCCGGCGACUCCUGUCCUGGAACCAUCCAACUUCCAGCCUUCCUGAAAGUGGUUUCUUUCUUGGCGUGAUGGGCAGAGGGACUGAAAAAGUGAGGAGGGAAGACAAAAAGCAGGUCUGGGCUAUUAAACUGUGUCUAAACUGCUGCCAUGUCUGUUCACUGUCCCUUACCGCUGCUUCUUCCUCCUGGGUCUCCUGUAAGCCAGAGCAGGGACGCAGCGGGUGGCUUCCGUUGGGGUUGCUUUUCCCUUUAGACUUAAUAACGAGUGUUGGGUACAAACGGCGAGCCUACAAAUCCACAAAGAAGGUGAAUAUGCAAAGGGAAGCAGCUCCAGCUCUGGGCAAGUGCUGUCCCCUGCGGGACAGGUGCUGUGGGGAGCAGGAUUCAGCCGGCUGCGGGCACUGGCGGGCUCUGGGAGGUCCCACAGGGGGAUCCACAGCCCCUGAGCGGUGCACGGGGAGCAUUCCUGCAGCACGUGUGAACAAACUGGGACAAGACCCAGCCCCAGGGCUGGCCGGGCACUGGCGUGGGAAGCCCUUUGCUGUCCGUACCUUUCUUUGACAUGUUUCUCAAAAAAAAGCAAGAAAAGAACAAAAAGAAGUAAAAAAACACAAACAACAACAGAAAAAAAGUUGGAUAAAAAAAGGAAAAAAACUGGUCUCCGUGAUAUUCAGGGGAUUUUCCUUUGUGGACAUGCAGAAUUUCUAUGAAUAUAGUUUUUUGUAAACAUUUUGUAACAAUUUUGGUUUCAUAGUAACUGUGUUACUUGCUGAUCAUUCUAGGCUGAUGUAAAUAAAAUUUCCAAAAAAAAAAAAAGAAAAAAUUCUGAUUAUUUUCCUUUUUAAGACACUGUGAUAUAUCAAAGUGCACAGUUUGCUGUAUGAAGUAAUAUGGUUUUAAAUUUUAAAUAAAAAUUCAUUUCUAGAAAA